AGGCGAGUAAGAACAAGAACGAGGUCAUGGCCGAGCCCUGGGUUGCGCUGAAUGAGGACGACUACCCGUGUCCCGUGCUUCCCCCGGCCAAGGCGGUGGGCUCUGUGCGCGACGCAUACUUUGCCCAGGAGUUCCAGGGACCGGAGAAGCGGACGCUGGGCGAGGACAAGUCGGUUGAGGAGCAGGAGGACGGGAAAACGGUGACCGGUCUGCACCAAUCCAUGGUCACCGGUUCGCUGUCCCUGUUCGUGAUGCUUCUGCCCCUGAUGCUUCCACUGGUUGUCUAUCUGGGCGUCACCAAUCCGAUUGUUGAGGCCCGCCAAGGCCGGCUCGUAGAGGGAAUUCUGGAUUUGGACGACGACAUCACGCCUCCGGUCCGGGACCCUGCGCACGAGGGCCGCCAUCUCCGGACUCUGAACGGUGACUUUGAAGAAGAGCUCAGCUGGAUGACGGACAACACGCCGGGCUCACCGACGACCUGGGCGAACCCCGUCCACACGUCACCGAAGCACAAGGCGAUGAGGGAGUCACCCGAGGUCGUCUGGCCCCUGGACAGGAAGGGCAGGAACGCCACCCUGGGACCAAGGCCGCUGGAGGAGAACGAAGACUUGCCCAUGAAGCGUAAUCUGCCCUUCAAGAAGAUGAAGCGAGAAGGACGUAGCACGGUCGGUGAUUAUCUGGCUCUCGAGACAGCCGGGCCCAUCGUGUUCAACAACGCUCCAGAACUGCGCGUGUUUACCCGAAGGAGCGAGCGCCAUGGCGGCAAGACAUCGUCUACCCGCAUCCCUAUCUUGCGGGUAGCGCCUGACGGGUAGGCGUGUUGCCCGUGGUGUAUUCAUAACUUUUUUUCUGCCCGGCUCACGCAUGAACGAGGGGAAGACCCCCUGAAGCUUCCGUAUGCAUGACUUCGCCUUGUGUGAAAUCGACAAACAAAGUAUCAUCGU